AUGAUUCAACUUGCAAAAUGGGCAUCAGUAAUUCCAAAUAGGUACGGUCAUUCUUUGGAUCCUCGAGUUGAUGUUACCUUGAUUCUGAUACCUUUUUUUGAGCUAGAAGAAUUAGAUGUUGAAAAAUCACAUAUCUCGAAUGGUUCGAAUGCUAUACCUUCUCCUCCUCCACCUCCAAAUAGUGUAAUUAGGUAUUGGAUGGCAUGGGUUUCUUGUACUUUGUGGAGUUGA